GCUCCCCUGCGCAGGUGCCAGGCAGGUGGCUCCGGCCGAGCCCGGCCCCAGCAUGAGCUCCUUCGACCUCCCAGCGCCCUCCCCGCCCCGCUGCAGCCCCCAGUUCCCCAGCAUCGGCCAGGAGCCCCCCGAGAUGAACCUCUACUACGAGAACUUCUUCCACCCCCAGGGCGUGCCCAGCCCUCAGCGGCCCCCCUCCUUCGAGGGCGGCGGCGAGUACGGGGCCACCCCCAACCCCUACCUCUGGCUCAACGGGCCGGCCAUGACCCCGCCGCCUUACCUGCCGGGCGCCAGCGGCAGCCCCUUCCUGCCCCAGGCCUACGGGGUGCAGAGGCAGCUGCUGCCCGGCGUGUCCGGGCUGGGGGGCGGCGACCUGGGCUGGCUGCCUAUCCCCUCGCAGGAGGAGCUGAUGAAGCUGGUGCGGCCCCCCUACUCCUACUCGGCGCUCAUCGCCAUGGCCAUCCACGGGGCGCCUGACAGGCGCCUCACCCUCAGCCAGAUCUACCAGUAUGUGGCCGACAACUUCCCCUUCUACAACAAGAGCAAGGCCGGCUGGCAGAACUCCAUCCGCCACAACCUGUCUCUCAACGACUGCUUCAAGAAGGUGCCCCGCGACGAGGACGACCCAGGCAAAGGGAAUUACUGGACCCUGGACCCCAACUGUGAGAAGAUGUUCGACAAUGGAAAUUUCCGCAGGAAGAGGAAGAGAAAAUCGGAUGUUUCCUCCAGCACGGGCUCCUUGGCCUCGGAGAAAACGGAGCCCAGUCUCCUGGCAGGCAGCCCCAAGACCGCAGAGGCCCAGGACAUCUUGGAUGGUGCUUCGCCGGGUACCACCAGCUCCCCGGAGAAGCAGCCCUCGCCGCCCCCGCCGGGAACCCCGUGCCUCAACAGCUUCCUCUCCACCAUGUCAGCCUAUGUGAGUGGGUCAAGCCCCAUGGGCCGCCCUGUGGCCACGCCGGGACUGAGCCCGGAGCCCGCUGACAAGGUGGGGCAGAACUUGCUGAACUUCACCUCCUACACCCCACUCACCAACAUCAGUGGCCACGCGGGCGGGGGUGAGUGGGCCAGCCCCACGCCCAGCAAUGCUCUGGGCUACGGAGGCUCCGUCCUCAACCAGUUCAGUCCUCACUUCUACAACAGCGUCAACACAAACAGCGUCCUCUACCCCAGGGAGGGCACCGAGGUCUAGAAACACAACAGCUCCCGAGCCAGGUGGACACGCUCGGGGUCCUCCAUGUCAGCGUCCAAGUGGUCCAAGACCUCCAAACUGCCCAGACAUACACAGGAGGCUCAGAGGAAUUCAUCGUUUUUCUAGAACAUUGUGUAAACCUUGUGUUUAUCACAUAUCCAUCCACAGACCCACAACCAGCUUUGCAGUAGAAACACUGGUGCCUGCAUGACAGUAAUCCACUUGGCCAUUUAUUGAGCACUUACCUAUGUGCUGGGUGCUGUACUAAGCUCUUUGAAGGCAUGAUCGUACUUUCUAUCUACAGCCACCUUGUGAGGGUCAUAUAAACCUCCCCAUUUAACAGAUGAGAAAACUGAGGCUUGAGGAAGUUAAGUAACUUUCCCAAGGUCAGACAAACUAGGAAGCGGCAGAGCCAGGAGUCAAGUCCAGGUCUCUAUGACUCCCAAAGUUUGGGCCAAUGAAGGCAGGGAUGCAGGAAUUGGUUGAGCAGCCAAGGAAGGUCAGUGUGGAGAGCUGAUGAUGGCAAGCAUAUGCAAAUCUCCCCACUGCCUUCUGGCCAUCCAUCAAAUUUAGUACCAGCCCUAGGCA